AUGAUGGAUUUAAACAGCAAAGACAAGUCGCCCGGCGCCGCUUUUCUCACGACGCACAAGAGCAACAUUGCGCUAUGGUCGGGCUUUGUGGUCGUGGUGUUUUUUUGCUACCAUUUGUUCAGUGACGGGGACUUUUCGUUCUUAAUGACUAUGGGCGCCUGUGUGCGUGCAUUUGGCUUUGCCUUCCUGAUCUUCAAGGCGUUCUCCCAGCGCUCAGUAGCUGGCCUGUCACUCAAGACACUGGAGCUCUAUGCCUUUGUGUUCUUCUUCCGCCUCAGCUCCAUCCUGCGGUACCAAGGGUACCUCCCUUAUGACCGAAGCGGGGACUGGCUCUACUCGUUCCUGGAGAUAGUGGCCCUAUCGCUCUGCUGCGGGGUGAUCUACCUCGUAACCGUGCGCUAUAACUCGACGUACGAGCUGCGCUACGACACGUUUGGAUGGCUGCAUCUGCCGUCGGAGCUUGGAGCACUCUACAUCCUUUUGCCCUGCGUGCUGUUUGGCAUGCUCAUUCACCCAAACUUGAACCGCAAUUGGUUAUCGGAUGUUUCGUGGACCAUCGCACUGUACAUUGAGGCCGUAGCGAUCCUGCCGCAGCUGUUUAUGUUCCAGAAACGGGGCGGAGGUGCGGUCGAGUCCUGUAUCUCGCACUUUGUCUACGCACUGGCUUUCGGUAGCUUCUUGCAUCUCGUGUUCUGGUUCUCGUCGCACCAUGAACUUGGCGAAAAGGACGCGGGCCAGCACGUUGGCUACACGGUGAUUUUCGUCCAGAUCGGCCACAUGCUGAUGAUGGCGGAUUUUCUAUACUACUACUUCAAGAGCAUGAAAGAAGGGGGUCCAAUGAUGCUACCUACGCACGGCGCUUACCAGGUGUAA